CAGGUGUGUUGCGGCCGUCCGGCGCAGUGCACCUGAGAUUAUUCUUUUAAUCAUGAGAAUGGUAGCAAGAAAACACCAAAUUGUUACUCAUGUGAUGCGUUAUCUUUAAAAUGUAAAAUUAAAGCCAAAAAUAGGUGUUAAACUUCUUUGCUAUUAAUAUGAAUUGGGGCUCUGAAUGAGUUUACCUGGAAAUUCGGUGUCUACCUGUUACCAAGUGAUCGGUCAGCUGUAAACCGGAAUAAAAAUAGAAAGUGCUGGGGGAACUGCCAUAAACAGGACUCGGAAGCCGCCCUCACCUUUAUUACCGUCUCAGGGAUGUUUCUGCAAGUCCUGUCUGAAACCUGACAGUAAUCGACAGCACGAUUGAGAGUGGAUUUAAACGUUUAGAAGAUGAACAACAGUGAGAGCCCGAUAUUUGCAGUAGUCACUCCAGUCAACUUGCUCACAACAUUUCUUGUUUUGCCCAUGGCAAGUACAAACAAUUCCAAGAAUUUGAGCAUGCCCCUGGAGCUGUCUGCCAAAAACUCAAGUACAGAGGAGCAGAGGAUUUUCUUGGAGACUCCAGCAGCACAGGCAAUCUCUGGGAUAUUUGUUUGGGCAGCACUGAUUGUGACAUUUCACCAGAUUUAUCAGCACCUCCGACACUAUAGCUCACCCAACGAGCAGCGCUACAUUCUCCGAAUCCUUUUCAUCGUUCCCAUCUAUGCUUUCGACUCCUGGCUAAGCUUGCUUUUGAUCAGUAAUGAUCAGUACUAUGUUUACUUUGACUCUGUGCGAGAUUGUUAUGAAGCUUUUGUGAUUUACAACUUCCUUAGCCUCUGCUACGAGUACCUAGGUGGAGAAAGCUCGAUAAUGUCAGAAAUCAGAGGGAAACCCAUCAAGUCCAGCUGUUUGUACGGAACGUGCUGUCUGAUGGGUAUGACCUACUCCAUUGGAUUUUUACGGUUUUGUAAACAGGCUACCCUACAAUUCUGCGUGAUUAAACCUCUAAUGGCAGUCAUCACCAUUAUUUUGCAAGUGUAUGGCAAAUAUCACGAUGGAGACUUUGAUGUGAGAAGCGGAUACCUUUAUAUCACUAUUAUUUAUAACAUCUCUGUCAGUCUUGCACUCUACGCAUUGUUCCUCUUCUACUUCGCCACCAGUGAACUCCUCAGUGCAUUCGAUCCUAUUCUGAAAUUCCUGACGGUGAAGUCUGUUAUUUUUCUCUCCUUCUGGCAAGGAAUGCUGCUAGCGAUCUUGGAGAAAUUUGGAGUAAUUCCAGAAGUCCAGAUUAUUGAUGGCCAUGAAGUCCGGGCUGGGACAGUGGCUGCAGGCCACCAGAACUUCUUCAUCUGCAUUGAGAUGUUCUUUGCUGCCAUUGCCCUUCGCUAUGCCUAUCCAUCUCAAGUAUACAGUGAAAAACGUGAGGCCACACCAGGUAACAUAGCUCCCAUGCAAAGCAUAUCCAGCGGCCUGAAGGAGACUAUGAAUCCCAAUGACAUUGUGCAGGAUGCGAUCCACAACUUCUCCCCAGCAUAUCAACAGUAUGCACAGCAAUCGACCAAAGAUGAAGUAACACCCAGGCACAAUGGACAUACCUUGCCUCAAGCAUGUACCCAUUUUACAGGCCGCCGAAAGACUGGCGAGAAAAUUAUCCUCAUCAGCUCUGAGGAUGAGCUGUAGACUUGAGUAAUUCUUUUGUUUUUAAAAAAAAAAACAGAAGUGAGAUGCUGAGACGGGUAGUGGCUAAUCUUUGUCAUUCAUCCUUCCAGAGAUCAGGAAUCACUCUGUUCCCCUUUCCUGGGAAUCGGGCUGCAAUCUUUGAUUUUCAUUUUCUUCAAGCUGUUUUGACUUGAAGUGAUUCCUAAAUCUCAAAGUAGAACAAUGUGUGGAGGCAGAUCCCGGCAAAACCAUGGAAUUUUACUGUAAGUAACCCGAAGCUGCUGCAGGUGUAUGAUGUUCCGUACAUAUGCACACACACUCAAAUCACACAUUCUUGUGAUCUCCUGUGUCUCUCAUGCACACACUAUAACUUCACCCUCUCAUACAUUCUCCUGCUAACAUACAGGCACAGUCAUGUUCACUGUUUUGCACAUACAUGCUUGGCCUUGUGAUCGUACCCCUCUCCCUUGGUCUGAACUGCAUGGUCUCUUUCCUACAUUGUGGUACGGAGUGAACAUUAAUCUGUUCUCUGGAUUGUUUGAUGCAUUAUUGAUCUGAAGAAUCUCCCACAGUUAAGGUAUCGGUUUCAGAGAUUAUUCGCACAUUCUGUGUAAAAUCACUGAGGGAUAGAUGUAUUUUCUAUAACUGAAAUUUUUAAAUACCUGGUUAGUUAAUGACGGAUGAGCAGAAUGUCUGUCAGCUUUGUUGCGCUAAAGUCUUUUAUUAUAAACUCAUUUCAGAAAUGGCUUUUAAUCAGUAUUUUCCCACCAUCAAUCUCCAACUAACAAUAUUCUGGGAUCAUUGACCAGAAACAUUAACUGGAUCUGCCACAUAAAUACUGUGGUUACACGAGCAGGUCAAAGGCUGUUAAUUCUGCGCCUCCAAAGCCCCUCUGCCAUCUGGAAGGCAGAAGUCAGGAAUAUGAUGAAGUACUCUUCACUUGUCUGAAUGUAUGGAGCUGCAACAACACUUUAGUAGUUUGACAUCAUGAGACGAAGCUGCCACACAGUUGAUACUCUGUGCACAAUCUUAAGCAGUCUCUUCCUCUACCAGUGGUGCAUUGUGCCAAUUUUGUAAAAUCUACAUGUUACACUAGCAACUAUUCGAGACUCCUUCAAUACCUUCUAAAUCCACAAUUUCUACUACCUAGAAGAAGGGCAGUGGGUACUUGGGAACAUUACCUGCAAGUUCCUCUCCAAAUUGCACACUGUACUGACUCAGAACAAGGUGACCAGCCAAACACCUGGAACCCACAACCUAACAGCAGUGUGCAGGAGUACCUUCGUUUCUCAGACUUCAGUGGUUCAAGAAGGCCAAGGCAACUGUCACAUGUAUAAUUAGGAUGGGUGAUAGCUGCUGACCUCACCUGUGCCAGACAUCUCGUGAAUGAUUGAUUAAAAUAUUAUUCUGGCUAAAAGAAAUACAAUUUAUAGUGAUGCAUUCCCCAUCUCUCUGUUCCCACAACUACUGACAUUAUGUGGCCUCAUUUGCACUUGUGACUCCUUCAUCCUCCAACAUGAUGGGCGUACAAAUGCCAAGACAUCUUUAAACAGAAAGGAAGGAAGUUGUGUGUUAUUGGAUUGAAAAACGUGUUUGGACACCACUGAGAAUGCACAUUCAAAUUAGAUCAGUCUAAUUGGACACAAUACUCUAUUGUGCACUUUGCUUAAAUGAUGGACAAUAAUUGAGCAAACAGGUACCCUAAGUUUGACAGUCAACAGUAGAAGAAUGCUGUUCAGUGUUUGUGCUCUUGCUGUGCUGUAUAACCGUACUGAUGCUGCCUGGGGAGGUACAGAUGGUAAAUGAUCCUUCCACGCCAGGCUCUGAAUUUACAAAUUUAAAGUCAAGUACUGAAAAGCAGAUAACUAAUCACAAAUUAUGCCCACCUCUCAUGUAGUUAACUGUUUGUUUGUGCUCACAACUAUAUUAAUUUCAAGAACUAAUUGUUGUAGGAAAUCAGCAACUACAGAGCCAGAUUCAGGAUCCCUAAGCAGUUUACAUCAUGUUUACGUUCUUCAUUAUAACAGGAAGUAGAGCAUUAUAAAUUGAUUAAAGGAUUGGAGUAGUUCUAGUUUGAAUGACUGUGAAUGCAUUUAAAUGUUUGUGGGGAAGUGGAAGAAUAAUUGUAUGUACUAUAUGACUAAUUUUGUUAUGAAGCAACUGGACUCUGAGUCUUACUUUGUUUUUGUCUAGUUCUUAAGUUUUUAAAAUUAUUAUUUGCUGCUAUUUUGAUACUUGCAUCAUUUCCAUGGACAACAGGGUUAUUGCAAGAGUGCAACUAGGUUAGGAUAGCCCUCUGAUACAGUCAUGAAUCGGAAUGUAUUUUUCCAUGAUUAUUUAUCAAAGCUUUGGCAAAAAUGUAGUUUGCUAAUUAGCACUGAUAUCAUAGAAUCCAGUUAGACCAGCAACUUAACACUUUCUUUCCAAAUGCUAAUCCCCAUGCAUGAUGGUUUGAGGGCUCACUGCUUCUUCCUUAAAUAGAAGCUCAACCAGUUUCUAUCAACCAACAUCCUCCUCUACCUAUUUAUGUUCAACAAUUCACCCUUUAACUCCUCUCCCUUUUUCCAAAUAGGAGGUGAUACCAAGUGUACCUGCAUCAGUUUCAGUAUGUCUACCUUUUUGCAGGAUAUGUUGAACAUUCCUUGUUCUAGUUGUAAGUGCAUGUUGGGGGUGGGGUCAGGAAGAAUUGGAAAAGGUCUUUGCCUUGCUUUCAGUUUUCCACCCUACUCAAUACAUCCUUGACUCAUUGAUUGUACCUUGACUACACUUCCUCCACCAGCCUAUGUAUUCAACAGAUCAUUUCUCGCCACCUCCAGCAUGAUGGCAUCAUGUAACACAACUUUGUCUUCCUCCCCUUUCACUACAUCAAAGGGAUCAUUCACUCUGUAAAACCCAGUUCCAUUCCAAACACACUGUUCCCUUCCCACAGCACCUUUCCACUUCCCCUUCAGGUGUAACACUUCCCCUUCAACCUCCUCUCUCUCUCUCCAUUAGCCAAAGUGCUAAACACUCAUUUCAGAUGAAACAGCAAUUUAUUUGUACUUACAGCAGACUAGACUGAAAGUAGUAUUUGCUCACAAUGCAGUUUCUUUCACACUGGGGAGACAAAUACAGAUUGGGUACCUUUUCGGUCCAGAAGCAUGCCUAUAAGCCUCUGGUCAUUGUCAUUCUCCUCAUGCUGACAUCUGUCUUUGUCCUACUUGUUGAAAGCUUGAGAAGAACUACCUUUGUUUCAGUUAGGUAUUUCACAGCCUUGCAGCUUGAUACAGAUUUCAGCAACUUCAGCCCACAAUCUCUGCUCAGUUUUUUUUUUGUUACCUUUUCUUUGGCUUUGGUUUUUUCUUAUUUUUGCAUUCAGUCAGCAGCACACUGCUCUGUGUCCUUCUUUUGUUUAUUUUCUUGUUCCAUUACCAUUCCCUUCAGCCCUGUAAAACUAAUUCUUCCCUCACUCCAUAUCCCCUGACUUUUUAUCCUUUUGUCUGACUCCUCAUCCUCGCUUUAACUAUUACAUGUGUAACUUUUCUCCAGUUCUGCUGGAAGGCCACAAAACUGAAGCAUUAAGUUUGCUUCUCUCCCCAUAAAUGCACCUGACCUGCUGAGUCUCUCCAGCAUUUUCUGAUUUUAUUGAUGCUAAAUUGUUGGCAUUUGUGUCUCUGGUCAGGAGUUGCUGUGUGGAAGCAAUAUACUACCUCAGGAGAGCAAAUCAACCCUGCAAUGCACCACUUCCUUUGCAGAAAUAUCAGUUGUCUGCAGUGAGAUGAUAUUUGGAAUAAGUGUCAACCAUGGCGUACUGUGUAGAGCUGUUUUGAGUGAAAGAUUACUUUCAACCUCCACUCCACAGACUUAAGCACAUAAUCUAGGCUGAUGCUCCUAUACAGCAGUGAGGAGUGCCACAAUAUCUGAGGUAGUGGUUUUUUGAGAAAUAUUGAAAAGAAAUGCAUGUUAACUAUUCCUCUGCAUUAUUUCAAAGAGAAUGGGGGGUUCUCCCUUCUGCCCCAGCAAAUAUUUAUCCCUUAUCUAACAUCACUAGAACAAGUUACGUGUUCAUCACAUUGCCAUAGGUAUUUUAAAACAAUCUAUUCUGACAUUAUAGAAGAGGUGGGACUUGAACCCUGGGUCUUCACCUUAAAGAUAGGGACACUAGCUACAGUGCCAUCAUAUUGUUACGUACAGGACCUCAUGUUAAAAUUGACUCUAGCAUAUCCUAAAGUACUUUGGGAUAUGGAGGUCAUGAAUUGUGAUAAAAGUCUUGGCGAGAAUCAGAUUUCAAACAGGAAUCUCCCUCCCUGAAGGAGGAAAAAAAUCAAUUUUUAAAAGUAUUUUUAUUUAUUGUUUUUCCAUUAUCCAUCAAUGUAAAUUUAAAAUUAAUAUUUUAUCUCCUAGCAAGAAGUGCCAGCACACCGCGCCCCCCC